AUGGCCGCGCCUUCCCAAAGUCGCUCAUCUGGUAGAGGAGAAGAAGACAAUUCUGAAUGGCGCCAAGCCAUCGAAAGAAGGCAGUUAGCAAGCGAGCGACAACUGCAAACUCUCCUCCAGGAGACGGCAAGGUUAAGAGAGGAAAAUACAAUAUUGCGAAUCCAGGCAUCAUCGACGGGGCCACCCCGUCGUCAACACUCUGGAGGCCAAGUAGCCAACUCAAGGCCUCACCUGGAGUCGAUCUACCCCGGAACAGCGGAAGCGAUCCCUGAAGCACACAACGCUAGGCCGCAGGAGCCACACACACCCAUGCCUCGAGCUCCCCGUGAAGAAAGCUCAGAUUCCACCCAUUUCUCGUCAAAGAGAUGGCGUGACAGAAGAUCCCAGUUAUCGGGCGCUAUGCGCGCGAGACUAGGACCCCAGCAGCCUGGCAGGCCCAAGCCACCAGCAAACAUCACAAGGGGAGUGCACCAUGACCCUACGGUCACCCCCAUACCACAAAACGUUCUCUCGCACCGUGACCCCUUGGUCACUCCCAUGGUGCAGAACGUUCCACCGCACCAAGCGGUACGAUCCAUUGGGAAAAAUCCCCCGAACGAGCCACCCAUCGGCUCCAUUAGCAAAAGGUUGGAUGACAUGCUCUCCACGCCUUUCUGCUCUCAUAUCAUUCAUUACGAGCCCCCAAGGGGGUUCCUCGUACCAAAGUUCUCCACGUACGAUGGGUGCAGUGACCCUUUCGACCAUAUCAUGCAUUAUCGACAGCUCAUGAUCCUCGAUAUAGGCAACGACCCGCUGCUGUGCAAGGUAUUCCCCGCCAGUCUACAAAGACAGGCCCUCUCAUGGUUUCAUCGUCUACCUCCUAACUCGGUGGACAACUUCAGAGACCUUUCAGAAGCUUUCGUAGGACAAUACCUAUGCUCCGCUCGGCAUAAACAGAACAUCAGCACCUUGCAAAAUAUAAAAAUGAAGGAUAAUGAAUCCUUGAGGGAAUUCGUGAAACGAUUUGGCCAAGCCGUCCUACAGGUGGAAGCUUGCAGCAUGGACGCUGUCCUGCAGAUCUUCAAGCGAAGCAUCUGUCCAGGCACUCCAUUUUUUGAAUCACUAGCUAAGAAACCUCCCGUGACGAUGGACGAUUUGUUUCGACGUGCGAACAAAUAUUCCAUGCUUGAGGAUGACGUACGGGCAGCCACCCAGCAAGUAUUGGUUGCCGCGCAGCCGUCCAAAGGGAGUAUAGAAGGAAGCGUUAAAAUUCCGGACAGGCCAAGGCCAUCCGAUCAGAGGCAAGAAAGGCCAGGCCGCCCGGAAAUGCCACCCCUCACACUACUCUCUAUAACUUAUGAGAAGCUACUCCCUAUGAUCCAAAGCAUGUCCGAUUUCAGGUGGCCCAGACCCCUUGAAUCGGACCCAUCCAGGAGAGAUCACAGCAAAAAAUGCGCUUACCACAAGGAGCAUGGCCAUACUACGGAGUCGUGCAGGAGCCUCCAGUAUUUGGUGGAAAGGCUUAUAAAGGCGGGACAUUUAAGGCAAUACCUCCACUCAGAUGCCAGAGACAGAGACGCCUCCCGGAACCGCGACUCGGGAGCCCCCACGGUUCCAGCCACCCCCAAAGCCGUUAUAAACUACAUCAAUGGAGGUCCGUCGGAUGAAGAGAUGAAUUCCAAACGAAAGAGGCAAAAAUUAUUACGAGAGGCAAUGGUGCGUGAGCGCAUCAACUCCAUCCGACCUGGGAUAACCGGAGGAAGCCCUCACCCCAUAGACGGAACAAUCACUUUCCCACCAGUAGACCCCACACGGAUAUUACGUCCGCACCGCGACGCCCUCAUUCUAUCCUUAGGGAUAGACAAAUUCGAUGUAAGACGCAUCUUAGUUGACCCAGGCAGUUCAACUGACCUGAUACAAGCAUCAGUCGUAAGCCACAUGAGACAUAAUUUAGUCGGUCUCGAAAACCCUGGGAGAAUCCUGUCCGGAUUCAACGAGGCGUCAACUAUUUCCUUAGGAGAUAUUGUACUACCAGUCCAAGCUGGCCCAGUCACUCUCAAAGUCCUAUUUUCGGUGGUGCAAGAUUUGUCACCCUUCAAUAUUAUCUUGGGGCGCACAUGGCUACAUUGCAUGAAAGCCAUCCCCUCCACGUAUCAUCAGAUGGUAAGCUUUCUUACUGAGGAUGGGCAAAUCAACCUAUACGGCAGUCAGCUAGCUGCUCGCCAAUGCUACCAGAUAGCAAGAGAAUCAGAGACCAGUCAAGGGAACGAACCUCUCCCUGAGUCCACACACGCACUCGACCAAUAG